CACGUUUGUAGAGAAAUCUUCCACUGUCUUUAUUAAGCAUGAAGCCUUCAUCUGUCAAUUGUCUAUUUGGCAAUUUUGGCGGGUUUUUUGUUACCUUUUUACUGUCGCUUAUUAGCGUAAUAUUUUGAUAUAGACCACAAUUUGGUGUGAAUUUAAGUGACAUUUGUGUAAAAAUAUUACCAUGGAUCUGCCCUAUCGUGUAGAGUAUGCGAAAUCAAGUCGAGCAAGUUGUAGAGGAUGCAAAAUGGGAAUAGAUCAAGGCGAUCUGAGACUUGCCGUUAUGGUCCAGAAAAUUCAGAUAGAAUAGAGAUCGGUCGGUAAUUGUCGAUUAGCAGAGGAUCGCAUUUCUUGAACACAAGUAUACCUAUAGCAAAAUUUUCUUUAAUUUGCUUCCUACAACUGUGGAAAAGUGUUUACCAAACUCCUCCAAUACACAUGAUGGAGUGUCAAUCACUGUGUCGUUCUCGUUGGUAAGAGAAAUAGUCUCGUCACUUUGAUGGCAAGACCCCAAACUGGUACCACUUCAAAUGUUUCUUUGAGAAGCAACGACCAAAGACAGUAGAUGAUAUAGAACACUAUGAAUCUAUCCGAGUUGCAGAUCAAGAUAAAAUCAAGGAACGUGUUGGUCUAUCUGCUGUUGCAUUGUACCAGAUAAAAAGGGAAAGAAAAGGACUGUUGACAAAUUGAAGCAACAGGCACUUAAAGAUUUUACGAUUCAGUAUGCUAAGUCUGGAAGAGCUAUGUGCAGAGGUUGUGAACAAAAAGUACUCAAGGAUGAGAUUCGAAUCUCAAAGAAGAUUAUGAAACAGAUGUUGGUGCCAAAUAUGGAGGUCAAGACAUGUGGCAUCAUGUUCAAUGUUUUGCCCAGUUAAGAGCUGAUCUUGGCUUUUUUGAAUGUGCUGACAAGCUGCCUGGAUUCAAAGGACUUAGCCCUAAGGAUCAAGUUGAAGUCAAAAAACAAAUUCCGCCAAUAAAGCAAGAAAAUAUUCCCGAAGUGAAGAAGAUAAAAACAGAAGAUCAGGUGGAUAGUGUAAAGAAAGGCCCAGAAGAAGAGGAGUAUAGAAAGCAGAAUAAAAUUAUGUUUGGUUAUAGAGAUGCUUUAGCAAAGCAUUUGGACAAUAAAGAGAUGUCCUAUCUUUUGGAGUACAAUGAUCAAGAGGUACCACCUGGAAAAGAUAGAAUAUUGGAUCGUCUAUCUGACAUAAUGACAUUUGGAGCACUCCAGCCAUGUACAGUCUGCAAAGGAGGACAGUUGGUAUUCAAUAAGCUUGGUUACAUCUGUACUGGUGACCUAACUGAGUGGAGUAAAUGUAACACUAUUACAAAGACUCCUGAACGAGUACCAUUUAAAGUUCCAGACGAUUACGCUGAAGCUUACUCAUUUUUGAAAAAGUAUAAAUACAAACCAAUGACAAGAGUUAUCCGAGAAGUUAAACCAAGCGUUGUAGUUAAGAAGGAUGAUGAACCUGAUGGCCCUCGCGUAAAAAGAGAAUUGCCAGCUCUGUACAACAUGGAAUUUGUGAUUGUGGGAAAGCUGUCCAAAGAAAAAGAUGAGAUCAAGCGGGAAAUUACUUCACUUGGUGGAAAGGUAGUGAAUAAAAUUUCUAAGAGUGUUAUGGCUGUGAUAUCUACCCCUGGUGAUGUUGAAAAAAUGGGUUCCAAAAUGACGGAUGCCGAAGCGGAUCAGAUUCAUGUUGUUAGUGAAGAUUUUGUAGAUGAAGCUAAAAAUAAUACAGGAAAAAUUCCAGAUUUGAUAAUUCAGAAGAGUAUAUGCAAUUGGGGCUCUGAUCCGUCAACCAGACUCCCAGCCGAACACAGCCUCAAAUCAAAAUCUAAAUCAAAGUCUGCCAGCAUCUACACCAAGUCCGUUCCAGACAAGAUGAAGAUCCAGAUAAAAGGGGGCACCGCCGUCGAUCCGGACUCUGGAUUAGAGCACAAGGCGCAUGUCUACCAGAGAGGCAAAGAUGACAUCUACUCGGCAGUGCUGUCACUCACGGAUAUACAGACGAAGAGGAAUAGUUAUUAUAAGUUGCAAUUGUUGGAAGGAGACAAGCAUAAGAAGUAUUGGGUAUUCAGGGCUUGGGGACGGAUUGGAACUACUAUUGGAGGUAACAAGGUAGAGGAUAUGCCGGACUUAGACAGCGCCAUACAUCACUUUGAGAAUCUCUAUGAGGAGAAAAGUGGCAACAUGUGGUGUUUCAGACACAAUUUUGUGAAGGUUCCUGGAAAAAUGAUGCCUGUUGAGCUGGACUAUGGAAGCGAGAAUGGUAUGGAGAACUUGGACAUCGUGGACUCAGAAUCAAAACUACCCAAACCAGUUCAAAAUUGAUGAAAAUGAUCUUUGAUGUGGAUUCUAUGAAGCAAACAUUGUUGGAGUUUGAAUUGGAUACUGAGAAAAUGCCGUUGGGUAAAUUGAGCAAGGCUCAGAUCCAAAAAGCCUAUGGUGUGCUAACUGAAAUCCAAAAUCUAUUGAACAACAAUGCUCCUGAAGCAAGAUUGAUAGAUGCUUCAAAUAGAUUUUACACUUUUGUUCCACAUUCUCUUGGUGUUGAUGAACCACCUCUCCUGAACAGUAUGGACGAAGUUAAGGCAAAGAUAGAGAUGUUAGACAAUCUGAUGGAAAUAGAAAUAGCAUACAAUCUGAUGAAGUCUUCAGGAUCUGAACACACAGUAGACAGCUACUACAAGACCUUGAAUGCAGAGAUACAACCAUUGGAGAAAGAAUCGGAACAGUUUGGUAUUAUUCAGGAAUAUGUGAAGAAUACUCAUGCUGAAACCCAUAGGUCAUAUGAACUAGAGAUUAAGGAUGUCUUUGAGGUGAAACGUCAAGGUGAAGAUAAGAGAUUCAAGCCAUUCAAGAAACUUCAUAAUCGUCAGCUGUUAUGGCACGGUUCCAGAGUUACCAACUUUGCUGGAAUAUUGUCACAGGGUCUACGAAUCGCUCCACCUGAAGCACCAAGCACGGGUUACAUGUUCGGUAAAGGUAUAUACUUUGCCGACAUGGUAUCCAAGUCGGCAAACUACUGUAAUACCAGCGUCAACCAUCCUGAAGGUCUCCUACUGCUUUGUGAUGUUGCUCUGGGGAAUACGUAUGAGAAGCUACAUGCGGACUACAUCACAAAGUUGCCAUCAGGAAAGCAUAGUUGCAAAGGUGUGGGCAGGACCCAUCCUGAUCCCUCUCACGUGAAAUACCUGGACGAAAAGAUCGGAGUGCCGUUGGGCAAAGGAGUGGCAAAUCCUGCCGGUGUCGAAUCCAGUUUGCUGUAUAAUGAAUUCAUCGUCUAUGAUGUGGCUCAAGUGAACGUCAGGUAUUUGGUGAAGUUGAAUUUUAAAUACAAAUUCUAAGCUACAUUUUUUUAAAAUGAGGUUUUUUAUGUAUUCCAUCUCUUUUCACUUUUUACCUUAUGUUUUUUUUUAUUUCAACUAUUUUCGAAUAUAAGUAUAUAGAGCUUGUUGAUUUCGAUUUAUUGAUUUUCGGAAAUUAAUAUAAGUUGUAUCGCCAUAUCCCAUACCUUAUUUUGAUUGUCUUUUUUUGUUUAAGCAUUACAUGUUUUGUUUGUCUUUUUGUAUACCAUUAUCUUGUUCUAUUUAGUAUGUAAGUUUUCUGAAUACACAUAUAUUUCCUAAAGCUUGUUUAUUACGCCUUACUCCCAUUUUCUUUGGGAUGUGCGUAAAUAACUUCUGGCAUGUUACCAGUUAAAAUAAAUAUAUGAUAUAUUGACAUUCCUAGUUUUGUGUGAUUUUUUCAAAGGUUAGGAAUAAGACAAAAUUGAUGCCAGUAUUCCAACAAUGUUGAUGGGUCGCUGAUAGAUAAUAAAAUAAUACUCA